UGCGGUAGGACUCCCGGGAGCCACCAUCAUGGUGAAGAGGAAGAGCUCCGAGGGCCAGGAGCAGGACGGCGGCCGCGGCAUCCCUCUGCCCAUCCAGACCUUCCUGUGGCGGCAAACCAGUGCAUUUUUGAGGCCUAAACUGGGGAAGCAAUAUGAAGCCUCUUGUGUGUCCUUUGAACGAGUGUUGGUGGAGAACAAGCUGCAUGGCCUGUCCCCGGCCCUCUCUGAAGCCAUCCAGAGCAUUUCCAGAUGGGAGCUAGUGCAGGCUGCCCUCCCUCAUGUUCUCCACUGCACUGCAACCCUGCUAUCAAACAGGAACAAACUAGGCCACCAGGAUAAGCUGGGUGUUGCUGAAACAAAACUCCUUCAUACCCUGCACUGGAUGCUUCUAGAGGCCCCACAGGACUGCAACAAUGAUCAGUUUGGAGGUACAGACCGAGGCUCCAGCUGGGGCGGCAGCAGCAGCGCUUUCAUCCACCAGAUUGAGAACCAGGGUUCUCCCGGGCAGCCUUGCCGAAGCAGUUCUCAUGAUGAGGAAGAGAACAACAGAAGGAAGAUCUUCCAGAACUCCAUGGCCACCGUGGAGCUCUUCGUGUUUCUGUUUGCUCCUCUGGUGCACAGGAUAAAGGAAUCUGACCUCACCUUCCGACUGGCCAGUGGGUUGGUUAUAUGGCAGCCUAUGUGGGAGCACAGACAGCCUGAAGUCUCCAGCUUUACUGCGCUAGUAAAGCCCAUAAGAAGCAUCAUUACAGCUAAAAGAAGCUCUCCAAUCAACAGCCAGAGUCAGACCUGUGAAUCACCAAAUCAAGACACAAGACAGCAAGGAGAGGGACUUCAGGUGGUCAGUGAAGCACUGCAGCCAGAUUCCAUCUCACCUAAGGCCACCAUCUCAGGCUGCCAUCAGGGAAACUCCUUCGAUGGAAGCCUGUCCUCCCAAACGUCCCAGGAAAGAGGCCCAUCACAUUCCAGGGCCUCUCUUGUGAUACCACCGUGCCAGAGGUCACGCUAUGCCACCUACUUCGAUGUUGCCGUUCUCCGCUGCCUUCUCCAGCCCCACUGGUCUGAGGAAGGCACUCAGUGGUCCCUGAUGUACUAUCUACAAAGGCUGCGACACAUGCUGGAAGAGAAACCAGAAAAGACCCCAGAUCCAGAUAUUCCUCUCCUGCCCAGGCCCAGAAGUAGCUCAAUGGUGGCUGCAGCUCCCUCGCUAGUGAACACCCAUAAGACCCAAGAUCUCACCAUGAAGUGUAAUGAAGAAGAAAAAUCUCUGAGCCCUGAGGCUUUUUCCAAAGUCUCAUUGACCAAUCUCCGAAGAUCUGCAGUCCCAGAUCUGUCUUCAGACCUGGGCAUGAACAUUUUUAAGAAGUUCAAAAGUCGCAAAGAAGACCGAGAGAGGAAAGGCUCUAUUCCCUUCCACCACACGGGGAAGAGGAGACCUAGACGAAUGGGUGUACCAUUCCUGCUGCAUGAGGACCACCUCGAUGUGUCACCCACCCGCAGCACAUUCUCAUUUGGCAGUUUCUCUGGGCUUGGAGAAGAUCGGAGAGGCAUUGAGAAGGGAGGCUGGCAAACCACCAUCUUAGGGAAGCUGACCCGGCGGGGCAGCUCAGACGCAGCCACUGAGAUGGAGAGUCUGAGUGCCAGGCACUCCCACUCCCACCACACCCUGGUGAGCGACCUGCCAGACCACUCCAACAGCCAUGGAGAAAACACUGUCAAAGAAGUGCGAUCUCAGAUCUCCACCAUCACAGUUGCGACCUUCAACACCACACUGGCAUCAUUCAAUGUAGGCUAUGCGGACUUCUUCAGUGAACAUAUGAGGAAACUCUGCAGCCAGGUGCCUAUCCCAGAGAUGCCACACGAACCUCUGGCAUGUGCCAACCUGCCACGAAGCCUCACAGACUCCUGCAUAAACUACAGCUACCUGGAGGACACAGAACAUAUUGAUGGCACCAACAACUUUGUCCACAAGAACGGCAUGCUGGAUCUUUCUGUGGUCCUGAAGGCUGUUUAUCUCGUUCUUAACCAUGACAUCAGCUCUCGAAUCUGUGAUGUAGCGCUUAACAUUGUGGAAUGUUUGCUUCAGCUUGGUGUAGUUCCCUGUGUAGAAAAAAACAGGAAGAAGAGUGAAAACAAGGAAAAUGAGUCUGUGGAAAAGAGACCGAGUGAGGGAGCCUUCCAGUUCAAAGGCGUGUCUUCAAGUUCCACCAGUGGGUUUGGGGCCCCUUCUGCUAGUGGGGCUGGAGAUGGUGGAGGAGAAGAAGGAGGAGGUGGAGAUGGAGGAGGAGGAGGUGGAGGAGGAGAUGGAGGAGGUGGUGGAGGAGGUGGAGGUGGCCCUUAUGAGAAGAAUGAGAAGAACCAAGAGAAGGAUGACAAUAUCCCUGUAAGCAACCAUAGGCUUGCUCUCACUAUGCUCAUUAAAAUAGUCAAGUCACUGGGAUGUGCCUAUGGUUGCGGAGAAGGACAUCGGGGGCUCUCUGGAGAUCGUCUGAGACAUCAGGUAUUCCGAGAGAAUGCCCAGAACUGCCUCACUAAACUGUACAAACUAGAUAAGAUACAGUUCCGACAAACCAUGAGGGACUAUGUGAACAAGGACUCUCUCAAUAAUGUAGUGGACUUCUUGCAUGCUUUGCUAGGAUUUUGUAUGGAGCCGGUCACUGACAACAAAGCUGGGUUUGGAAAUAACUUCACCACAGUGGACAACAAAUCCACGGCCCAAAAUGUGGAAGGCAUUAUCGUCGGUGCCAUGUUCAAGUCUCUCAUCACACGCUGUGCCUCAACCACACAUGAGCUUCACAGCCCUGAGAAUCUGGGACUGUACUGUGACAUCCGCCAGCUGGUCCAGUUUAUUAAAGAAGCUCAUGGGAAUGUCUUCAGGAGAGUGGCUCUUAGUGCCCUGCUUGACAGCGCUGAAAAGUUAGCACCAGGGAAAAAGGUGGAGGAGAAUGGACAGGAGUCUAAGCCUGCCGGUGGUAAAAGGUCAGAGGCAGGAAGCAUUGCAGAUAAAGGCCAGGUAUCAUCAGCACCUGAGGAAUGUCGUAGCUUCAUGUCUGGUCGCCCCUCACAGACCCCAGAACAUGAUGAACCAAUGCAAGGGGGCAAUCUGGGACGGAAAGAUUUCUGGCGCAAGAUGUUUAAAUCCCAAAGCGCAGCAAGCGACACCAGCAGCCAGUCUGAGCAGGACACCUCGGAAUGUACCACAGCCCACUCUGGGAACACCUCCGACCGGCGUGCGCGCUCACGAUCCCGCAGAAUCUCCCUGCGAAAGAAGUUGAAACUCCCCAUAGGAAACUGGCUGAAGCGGUCCUCCCUCUCUGGCCUGGCAGAUGGUGUAGAGGACCUCCUGGACAUUAGCUCUGUGGAUCGCCUGUCUUUCAUCAGGCAAAGCUCCAAGGUCAAGUUCACCAGUGCUGUUAAGCUCUCAGAAGGUGGACCAGGGAGUGGGAUGGAGAAUGGACGAGAAGAGGAGGAGAAUUUCUUCAAGCGUCUUGGCUGCCACAGUUUUGAUGACCACCUUUCUCCCAACCAAGAUGGUGGAAAAAGCAAAAACGUGGUGAAUCUGGGAGCAAUCCGCCAAGGCAUGAAACGUUUUCAAUUCCUGUUGAACUGCUGUGAGCCAGGGACAAUUCCUGAUGCAUCCAUCCUAGCUGCUGCCUUGGACCUAGUAAGUUACAGAGUUCUCUCACGCUUGUUCACAUUCAUGCUAGCAAUUGGCAUCCGAUUGAACGAGCUGUGCCAUGGAGAGAGCGAGAGUCCUGCUAACCUGCUUGGCCUUAUCUAUGAUGAAGAGACCAAGAGAAGACUUCGGAAGGAGGAUGAGGAAGAAGACUUUUUAGAUGACAGUACUGUGAACCCCUCUAAAUGUGGCUGCCCCUUUGCCUUGAAGAUGGCAGCAUGCCAACUUCUCCUGGAGAUAACCACGUUCCUGAGGGAGACUUUUUCUUGCCUGCCUAGACCUCGCACUGAGCCGCUCGUGGACUUGGAGAGCUGCAGGCUUCGUCUGGACCCUGAGUUGGACCGGCAUAGAUAUGAAAGGAAGAUCAGUUUUGCAGGAGUUCUGGAUGAAAAUGAAGACUCAAAAGAUUCUCUGCACAGCAGCAGCCACACCAUCAAAUCAGAUGCAGGUGCUGAAGAGAAGAAAGUUCCCAGCAGGAAGAUCAGGAUAGGAGGUUCUCGACUGCUCCAGAUUAAAGGAACCCGCAGUUUCCAGGUGAAGAAGGGGGGUUCCUUGUCCAGCAUUCGCCGAGUCGGCAGCUUAAAGAGCAGCAAGUUAUCACGGCAGGACUCAGAGUCUGAGGCUGAGGAGCUGCAGCUGUCCCAGAGCAGGGACACUGUCACUGACCUAGAAGGGAGUCCUUGGAGCGCAAGUGAACCCAGCAUUGAGCCUGAGGGGAUGAGCAAUGCCGGCACAGAGGAAAAUUACCACAGAAACAUGUCAUGGCUUCACGUCAUGAUCUUACUAUGCAACCAGCAAAGUUUCAUUUGCACACAUGUGGACUACUGCCACCCACACUGCUACCUGCACCACAGCCGCUCCUGUGCCCGACUGGUCAGGGCCAUUAAAUUGCUGUAUGGGGACAGUGUGGACUCCCUGCGUGAGAGUAACCACAUCAGCAACGUGGCCCUGAGGGGCAAGAAGCAGAAAGAGUGCUCAGAUAAGUCAUGCCUGAGGACGCCUUCCCUGAAGAAAAGAGUUUCAGAUGUCAACCUGGAAGGGAAAAAGGACUCUGGAAUGCUGAAAUACAUCAGACUUCAGGUGAUGAGCUUGUCACCGGCUCCCUUGUCUCUGCUCAUCAAGGCAGCUCCAAUUCUGACAGAGGAGAUGUAUGGAGACAUCCAGCCGGCUGCCUGGGAGCUGCUCCUCAGUAUGGAUGAGCACAUGGCUGGGGCAGCAGCCGCCAUGUUCCUGUUGUGUGCUGUGAAGGUCCCUGAUGCUGUGUCGGACAUGUUGAUGUCAGAGUUCCAUCAUGCAGAGACUGUACAGAGACUGAAUGCCGUCCUCAAGUUCCACACACUCUGGAGGUUUCGCUAUCAGGUCUGGCCCAGGAUGGAAGAAGGAGCACAGCAGAUUUUUAAGAUCCCACCUCCCAGUAUAAACUUCACCCUGCCCUCACCAGUACUUGGAAUGCCAUCUGUCCCAAUGUUUGACCCUCCAUGGGUCCCUCAGUGCAGCGGGAGUGUCCAGGACCCCAUUAAUGAAGACCAGUCUAAAUCCUUCUCUGCCCGGGCAGUGUCCCGGUCCCAUCAGAGGGCAGAGCACAUCUUAAAGAACUUGCAACAGGAGGAAGAGAAGAAACGCCUUGGUCGUGAGGCGAGCCUCAUCACCGCCAUCCCCAUCACCCAGGAGGCUUGCUAUGAGCCCACCUGCACACCCAACUCAGAGCCUGAGGAGGAAGUAGAAGAAGUCGCCAAUCUGACAUCCCGACGGCUGUCUGUGAGUCCAUCCUGCACCUCCAGCACCUCCCACAGGAAUUAUUCCUUCCGCAGAGGGUCAGUCUGGUCCGUGCGUUCAGCAGUCAGUGCUGAAGAUGAGGAACACGCCACUGAGCACACACCAAACCACCAUGUGCCUCAGCCUCCUCAAGCAGUAUUCCCAGCAUGCAUCUGUGCCGCAGUUCUUCCCAUUGUUCAUUUAAUGGAGGAUGGUGAGGUGCGGGAAGAUGGCGUGGCAGUCAGUGCUGUGGCCCAGCAAGUCUUGUGGAACUGUCUAAUUGAAGAUCCAUCAACAGUUCUUCGACAUUUUCUGGAAAAACUGACAAUCAGCAAUAGACAAGAUGAGCUAAUGUACAUGCUGCGCAAACUUCUCUUAAAUAUUGGAGACUUUCCAGCUCAAACGUCACACAUCCUGUUCAACUACCUGGUGGGACUCAUCAUGUACUUUGUGAGGACCCCAUGCGAAUGGGGGAUGGACGCCAUCUCCGCCACGCUGACCUUCCUGUGGGAGGUAGUCGGGUAUGUGGAGGGCCUCUUCUUCAAGGAUCUCAAGCAGACAAUGAAGAAGGAGCAAUGUGAAGUGAAGCUGCUGGUUACUGCUUCCAUGCCAGGCACUAAAACCUUGGUAGUUCAUGGGCAGAAUGAAUGUGAUAUCCCAACACAGCUGCCGGUCCAUGAAGACACUCAGUUUGAAGCCCUGCUGAAGGAGUGCCUGGAGUUUUUCAACAUCCCAGAAUCCCAGUCAACACAUUAUUUCCUCAUGGAUAAACGCUGGAACCUCAUCCACUACAACAAGACCUAUGUUCGAGAUAUUUAUCCCUUCCGGAGGUCCGUCUCUCCACAGCUGAACCUUGUACAUAUGCAUCCAGAAAAGGGGCAGGAGCUCAUCCAGAAGCAGGUGUUCACCCGGAAGCUGGAGGAAGUAGGGCGUGUUUUGUUCCUCAUCUCCCUAACCCAGAAGAUCCCCACAGCCCACAAGCAGUCACAUGUCUCCAUGCUCCAGGAGGACCUUCUUCGGCUGCCCUCCUUCCCUCGGAGUGCAAUAGAUGCUGAGUUUUCUCUCUUCAGUGACCCGCAAGCUGGGAAGGAACUGUUUGGCCUCGACACCCUGCAGAAAAGCUUGUGGAUCCAACUCCUGGAGGAGAUGUUCCUGGGCAUGCCAAGCGAGUUUCCCUGGGGAGACGAAAUCAUGCUUUUUCUCAAUGUGUUCAAUGGAGCUCUCAUUCUCCACCCAGAAGACAGUGCCCUGCUCAGGCAGUACGCUGCCACUGUCAUCAACACAGCUGUCCACUUCAAUCACCUAUUCUCUCUCAGUGGCUACCAGUGGAUUCUCCCUACCAUGCUGCAGGUAUACUCAGACUAUGAAAGCAACCCCCAGCUGCGUCGAGCUAUUGAAUUUGCCUGCCACCAGUUCUACAUUCUACACCGGAAGCCCUUUGUGCUCCAGCUGUUUGCUAGUGUGGCCCCUCUCCUGGAGUUCCCAGAUGCUGCCAAUACAGGGUCCAGCAAAGGCGUGUCUGCUCAGUGUCUGUUUGACUUGCUACAGUCUCUGGAGGGAGAAACCACUGAUAUAUUGGACAUUCUAGAGCUAGUUAAAGCUGAGAAGCCCCUUAAGUCACUAGAUUUCUGCUAUGGAAACGAAGACCUGACGUUCUCCAUCAGUGAAGCUAUCAAGCUCUGUGUCACUGUGGUGGCUUAUGCUCCUGAGUCAUUCCGAAGCCUUCAGAUGCUGAUGGUCUUGGAGGCUUUAGUUCCAUGCUACCUACAGAAGAUGAAGAGGCAGACAUCACAGGUAGAGACUGUGCCUGCUGCUCGGGAGGAGAUUGCUGCCACAGCUGCUCUGGCCACAUCGCUACAAGCUCUUUUGUACAGUGUGGAGGUUCUCACCAGGCCAAUGACAGCCCCACAGAUGAGUAGGAGCGAUCAAGGUCACAAGGGAACCACCACAGCCAACCACACCAUGUCAUCUGGAGUGAACACCAGGUACCCGGAGCAAGGAGCCAAGCUGCACUUUAUCAGGGAAAACCUCCAUUUACUAGAGGAAGGGCAAGGCCUUCCCAGAGAAGAACUAGAUGAACGAAUUUCUAGAGAAGAAUUCAGAAGACCCCGGGAAUCUCUGCUGAACAUUUGCACAGAAUUCUACAAACAUUGUGGGCCAAGGCUGAAGAUCCUGCAAAAUCUGGCUGGGGAACCACGGGUCACUGCCCUGGAGCUGCUGGAUGUGAAGUCCCACAUGAGGCUGGCAGAAAUUGCACACUCCCUUCUGAAGCUGGCUCCAUAUGACACCCAAACAAUGGAGAGCCGAGGCCUUCGACGUUACAUCAUGGAGAUGCUCCCCAUUACAGAUUGGUCAGCGGAGGCUGUGAGGCCAGCUCUUAUCCUCAUUCUAAAGAGACUGGAUAGAAUGUUCAACAAAAUCCAUAAGAUGCCCACCUUAAGGCGACAGGUUGAAUGGGAGCCUGCCAGCAGUUUGAUUGAAGGGGUUUGUUUGACACUUCAGAGGCAGCCAAUCAUAUCCUUCCUGCCUCACCUUAGGUCACUGAUCAAUGUCUGUGUCAAUCUGGUGAUGGGAGUGGUAGGACCUUCCAGUGUUGCUGAUGGAUUACCCCUUCUUCAUCUCAGCCCUUAUCUCUCACCACCUCUGCCCUUCAGCACAGCUGUUGUCCGGCUUGUAGCAUUGCAGAUACAGGCUUUAAAAGAAGAUUUUCCUUUAAGCCAUGUGAUCUCCCCAUUCACCAAUCAAGAGCGAAGGGAGGGGAUGCUUUUAAAUCUGCUCAUCCCUUUUGUGCUCACAGUAGGAUCUGGAAGCAAAGACAGCCCUUGGCUGGAGCAGCCCGAGGUCCAGCUACUGCUGCAGACUGUCAUUAACGUGCUCCUGCCCCCUCGAAUCAUCAGUACAUCCAGGAGCAAGAACUUCAUGCUGGAGAGCUCCCCAGCCCACUGUUCCACCCCAGGGGAUGCGGGCAAAGACUUGCGCAAGGAAGGGCUGGCUGAAUCCACCAGCCAGGCAGCAUAUUUAGCUCUCAAGGUUAUUCUCGUCUGCUUCGAGAGGCAGCUGGGAAGCCAGUGGUACUGGCUGAGCCUGCAGGUGAAGGAGAUGGCUCUGCGGAAGGUGGGCGGCUUGGCCCUGUGGGAUUUCCUCGACUUCAUCGUGCGUACCCGGAUACCCAUCUUCGUUCUCUUGCGCCCUUUCAUCCAAUGCAAGCUACUGGCCCAACCAGCAGAGAACCAUGAAGAGCUUUCUGCCCGACAACACAUCGCCGACCAGCUGGAGCGGCGUUUCAUCCCCCGGCCUUUAUGCAAGAGCUCCCUGAUUGCGGAGUUCAAUAGUGAGCUGAAAAUUCUGAAAGAGGCAGUCCACAGUGGAUCAGCCUACCAAGGAAAGACAUCCAUCAGCACUGUAGGAACAUCCACCUCUGCCUACCGCCUGAGCCUGGCCACCAUGUCUCGCUCCAACACAGGCACGGGCACAGUCUGGGAGCAGGACAGCGAACCAUCCCAACAGGCUUCACAAGACACUCUUAGUCGGACCGACGAGGAGGAUGAGGAAAAUGACUCUGUAAGCAUGCCCAGUGUGGUAAGUGAACAGGAAGCUUGUCUCCUGAGCACCAUUGGAAGGAGGCGGUUCUCCAGCCACGUCUCCAGCAUGUCUGCACCUCAGGCUGAGGUGGGCAUGUUACCCAGCCAAAGUGAACCUAAUGUCCUCGAUGACUCCCAGGGCCUGGCCGCCGAGGGCAGCCUCUCUAGGGUGGCAAGUAUACAGAGUGAACCUGGCCAGCAGAACAUCCUCUUGCAGCAGCCACUGGGGAGGAAGAGGGGCCUGAGGCAGCUAAGACGCCCUCUCCUGUCGAGGCAGAAGACUCAGAUGGAACCCAGAAACCGCCACGGAGCGCGAUUGUCCACCACUCGCAGGAGCAUUCAACCUAAAACCAAACCAUCUGUUGAUCAGAAGCGAUCUGUGACAUUCAUUGAGGCUCAGCCAGAGCCAACAGCUGCCCCCACAGACAUACUUCCUGCCACGGGCCAACCACAGAACUGCAGCCCAGGCCGAGCUAGGAAGCCAGAAGGAACAGAGAAACCAGUGCUCACAUCCUCCCCUGCAAUUAUCAUUGCAGAUCUCCAUAGCCUGUCUCCCAAGCAGAGUGAACCCCUUCUUGCCGAAGAAGGAGAAAAAAAGGAGGACACGGAAGUACAAGGUGCUGCAGUACACAGCCCCCUCGCUACUCAACUGUCAGACCCCGAUGACUUCACUGGCCUUGAAACAUCCAGCCUCCUACAGCAUGGAGACACUGUCCUUCAUAUCAGUGAGGAAAAUGGCAUGGAGAAUCCCCUGCUGUCCAGCCAGUUCACCUUCACUCCUCCCGAGCUGGGGGAGACGGACGCAGCUCUAGAUGAGUCGCAUGUUUAGUUCUGUAUCACAGGAGCUCUGCACUCUACAGAAGACUGCUGACCAUAGAACACUUCUGAUGGAAAUUAUUAAUUUCAAAACAGCACCUUAUGGCCCAUGGGUGGCAUUAAAUCUGAGUGCAUUUUGCCGCCCAAAUUCCUAAUGUUUCAGAAACAUCUUAAAAACCAAUAGCUGAAAGUCUUUAGUUGUGUGAAGACUAUAACAGGAAAGAACAAUGGGAAGAGCCAUCUCGCUGCAUACUGUGUAUAGCUUGCUUUGAGCAGCUCAGAAUCGAUACUAUUACAGAAAGUUGAGAAUAUUUAAUGCUACUGCCCUCAUAACACUAACGAUAAGCUCUAAAAGGGAAUGCAGUCUCUUAAGAUACUCACAUUAUACAUCUCAUGACAAUGUUUAUUUUUGUAGUUUCAAAAUUUUACAUUAGGUGGCUAUAUGCAUAGAAAUUUACAUAGAAACAACCAGCAAGAAAAAAUAAUUAGGUUAGAGAAACUAAACUAUAAACCCUGCAGCCAUUUUUGUUUGGGUCAAUAAUAUAGCUGGUUAUUUUAAAAAAUGAAAAAAAAAACUACUAUUUUUUAGAGCUGUGGACUUUUCAAAAUUUAUUUUUUAACUGUCCUUUCACUAUAUCCUAUAAAUCAAAAUUCUGAUGCCACAUAUCAUUCCAUUUCAUAUCUAUUGUAUUAGACAGAGAAUAUUCUAGAAUCUCAGAUAUGAUUCUGAAUUAAUAACAUAGACUGCUAUAUAAUUAUUAAAAAGCUAAAUGUAAAUAGCAUUGCUCGAAGGAGAUGGCAUUCCUACUUCCAUCCCUGACGACAUCAGUGUUCAGAUUAGGCCCUAUCGGGAAAGAGGAUUGCUUUCCCUUACUGUCCUUGUGCCUGCCCCUGAGGGCGUAUUUUCAUACAUUAAAGUUGUUAGAACUAGAUCAGAAACUAACUUUUUCUCAGUUGUCAAAUAUUCUAUGAUCCUCAGAAGAUCUCAGUUAAUGAGAGAAGUCAGAGUAAUCAAUUUCUUUAUAGACUCAGACAGCUUGUAUAUAUUACAAAUAGGGCUUUAACUUGAAGUGCAGUUACUUCAAAAAAAUAAUACAAUUUGAAAGGCUUGUCAGGCCAGUACUUAGUGGAUUAUUGAAGGGCUGGGCAUCAUACAGUUUAUAAAUGGUUUUCAAAAGUUUAGCAGUUUACAUUAGAGAAAUGUAACUACUAAACACUGAAAAAAAUCUCAUAACAUACCUACAUUGGUAUGGGUGUGUGUGUGUGUGUGUGUGUGUGUAUUAGUCUUCAAGUAGAAGUUAAACAGAGAUUUUGAUUAUGUUGAGAUGAGUUUAAAAUAUAUUCUAUAUGCAUAAAUGUUCACUACGUUGGCUAUGAAAUGUAUACUAUAAAGAAGAUACCUAUAAACCCAUACACUCAUAAGGAAAUGAUUUUAUGUUAGAAUUAUUUAUUAAAUAAGCACAGUGACUUAUAAAAUCAAAUAUAUUUUGAGGCUAUGAUCUCAUUCACCACAAGAAUGAAAGUUAAUCUAUAAGUUAACUAGGAUAAGAUUUAAAAUCUCCCAGGUCAGAAAAUCAGGGCAGUACCACCUUCUUGGCCUUUUGUCUGAGAACAAGUGUGGGAAAUCCAGGAGACAAACAAACCUUUUCUGUGUUAUAACACCUUCACGUCAUUUAUACUUAACGCUCGGUUCAUUUCUAAGUGCAGACGUAGACAUGUAAGUGGUUUUCUGGCUCUAAGCUGAGAUAUUUUGCCUGUUAAAAACCAUGCUGCUCAGUUAGCAUUAGAGGCCUUAUGUUUGGUAAUUAUAAGUGUCUGAGUUAUGUGCGUCUAUAUGUCUGUGCUUUGUUCUCUCUUUUGGAUUUGUGACUCAACUCUAUGAUUGUGUCAGAUAUUUAAGAAGUAUAGAAGUCAAAGAAUUGUUAAAUACUCAGUAAUAACCCUAAAUACCUUUAUAUAUUUUAAAUGUGUUGGACUGUUUGAGAAAUGAUUUUACUGGUCUGUUUGCCUUUUAACCUGACUCCUUCACUGUUGUAUAUGGAAGUCUGUUUUUCAAGAAGCUAAGUAAUGUUUUAUCUUGGGGAAAAAACAACAUGUCCACUCUGAGAAAUGGGACUUACAGAGUGGGAGUACUCUCGUCUUGGGACUUUUGAGAUUUCUCAUGUGAUUCCAUUUAAUGUGUCCUUAAAUGUGUUGAAUGUAAUGUGUUGAAUGUUUAUGUGUGGUAACUAAAGUAUAUGUAUGUGCAUAAGACUGUCACAAGAUGUAUUCUCAGGAAUACUGUUACCUGGAGUUUGAAGGAAUAACUUAAAGAAAACAGUUAAGAUAAGAGACGAGUUCAAGUUAAUUGACAAUCUUUUGUAAUAUUCAAAAUGUGACUAAGAACUAAUUAUUGCUUUUGAUCAAUAUAAUAUUAGUAAAAUUAGAUCAUAUCUUAAUCUGUGAUGCUUAAUAAUAUUUAUCUCAUUCAGAGGAAGGAUAAAACAGAAACCCACUUUCCAGGCAUUAAAAAAUUAUACCCAAUUAAAAUUGCUCCUUUGGAAAAUAACUUUAGAGAGAGACCUUGGAAUAAAAAUACAUCAUUCAUGAUAGUGGGUACCCAUGUGUACUAUUCAGAUUAAAGCAGUUAAAAUCCUGGAUGCAGAAUUUUCUAGAACAUUUUACUUUCAUUUGCAGCAUUCAGUGUUUUCUAUAAUUCUAUUAGAUUAUUUGAUUCUUCUGACAAGGGAAGUGAGUUACUGAGUGCCUUGGACCAAGCCACUGAGAGUAACAGUGUCAAAGGGCACAACUGGGCACAUGGCAGCGAUGGAGGCAUCCGUUGGUGUUCUGCUUCAAGCCUCCAAGAGUAACUUAAAACAGGAUGACAUCUCUCUUUUUGCAUCUGUUCUUUUAGUCAGUGAAGAACUUUCUCCACUUUGCUGCCCACCUCCUAGAGUUUUUGAGGAAACAAUAGUGUACACACAGAGAGAUCCAUAGGGAAGAAAGGGCCAUAAAUGAAUAGAAUUAUAGUCUAAAACAUGAACUAAAUUCCUUCCUUGAGAUACACAGAAUACUUUACCAGAGAACUCUCCAGAAUUUGCUGCUGUCACAUCGAGUCCCACUUUUGCUCUGUGACCUCACUCUACCAAUCCAUGGCCUUGUGUCUCAGCAGUGAGUAAACUGUCCCACUUCCUCAUUUACUUUCGUGGGUCUCAGCUGCAGCAUUUCAGAAGCAAACUUUGAUUUGACACUCAGGAGAAUAAAAACAAGUAGAGGGCAGAAUGUAUUUGGAAAAGUUUAUGAUAAAUUUACUUAUAUUAUUUAAGGAUCAUUUAGGAUCAUAAAUCUACGUACCUCCAUGAUAUUUUUAACAGUCACUGUGACCAUGGGAUUAAUGUCCUUUAUUAGCCAUUUUGUAGGUAAAAACAAAGGAUUGACUACACAGCCAACUUCCUUCAGAUGACUAUAAAGUCUGUUAUGAAUACUGAAUGACCAAAGAGCAUGGAAAAAUGCAUCUGAAUAAAUACUGAGAUGUUUAUGAAAGAUAUUUAUGAAAGCUAAUGAUUUCUGUGUUUGAAUAUGCACAUAAAAUAAAUCUAAAAUCAGUU